CGUACCUGGAGAGAAAUAUCUCGAUCAAAAUUGUACGGUUUUACAUGAAGGUUGUUGGUUUUUGGUACGCUGAAACUAAACGUGGAAAAUGGAUCCUCGUCGCUACUCUGAUUUACACAUUUACAGCAGUUAUUUUCGCCCUUGCCGUCGUGUGGGUUGAUUUAUACUAUAUUUGGGGUAAUCUUUACGACGUCGCGGAAAUCGUCGCCGCCAUCAUACCGGUAAUAAGUGGCAUCGUAAAAUUAUCCAUCGCAACAACACGACGAAGUGAAUUAAUUAACCUGAUUGUGUUUUCCGAAAAAAACUUUUGGAAUGCGAAACACGACAGUUUUGGCCAGCGUGUUUUACGGGAAUGCGAAAAACGGAGCAUCAUUGUGCUCUGCGGCAUGGCUUUUUGUGUUGAAGGAACGGUGAUCUCUUACUUGAUGAAGCCAUUAUUCGAUAACCAAAAGUUAAAUGGCACUGACAGAGCACUGCCAUUCAGACUUUACGUCGAUUUGCCUUUAACUGUGACACCGUAUUACGAAAUUACUUACACGAUUGAGAGUCUGUCUACCAUAUACGUAGGAAUCUCUUUCUUCUGCUUCGACAACUUACUGAGUAUAUUCAACUUACACGUCGUUGCACAGUUCAAAAUUUUACAGCAUAGACUGGAAACGUUGUGUGACGAAUAUGUAAGCCAUGUAAGUGAUGGGCAGCAAGUAACUGAGGAUCCUCAUGAAGCAAGGAAUGAAAGAUAUUCGGAAGACAUUUUUGGCAAAAACGUUAUUUUGAGAACAGAGUCCGAUUGUGCAAAAUCUGUGAUACAAAAAAAUUAUGCAGAUCCCUGUAAAUCGGUGAAUGAUAAAUUGAAGGCAUGCGUCAAGCGGCAUGUAUUCCUGUUUGAUUACAUCGAAAGACUGGAAAACCUCUUCAGCUGGAUGCUUUUUUGUCAGAUAGGAGUGUCCAGUUGCAUCAUAUGUUUCGCAGGAUUCGAAACUUUUUUGGCUGGACGCCGGGAAUUAAUAUUUCACUUUACGGGCAGUGUUUUGCAAACCUUUAUUUUCACCUGGACCUGCAACGAAAUAAGCCUCGAAAGUGGUAAAGUUGGCGAGGCUGCAUUUCGGUCGAAGUGGUACUUGAUGCCAAUCUCCGAGGCAAGAAGAUCUCUACACAGCAGUCUGAUGCUGAUCGUGAUACGAUCACGUCGAAACAGUUGUUUGACUGCUGGAAAAUUUCACAAAAUAUCCUCGCAGACCUUCAAAAAGAUCAUGAACACAAAUCUAUCCUACUUAUCAGUGCUGCGUAAACAGAUCGAAGGAACUUGA